UGCAGCCAGUGAGUGCGCCGAAACGUGAAAACCGUGAACGCUCGGUGAAUUUUUAAACCUCUUUAAUUGUCAGUUAAGUCCUCUCUCCCCUCCGCGAUGGAGGCGCUCCUGUCCGCGCUCUUCUCCUCCCGGGAGCACGAGCGCUACACGCUGGACUGCAUGGCUUACUUCAUGUUCUUCAUGGCAGCCUGCUCCUUCGUUACAUUCCUGUUCGAGGACGUCCCGUACGGCCGCUACACCACCGGCAAAUACGGAUUUCCAGUGAACGCCAGGUUCGCCUGGUUCGUGCAGGAGCUGCCCGCCUUCCUGCUGCCUGUCGGUCUGAUCUUUUGGGCAUCCUCCUCCAAAACAUCAGUGCUGGAAAACCAGCUCCUCAUUGCCAUGUACAUGUGCCACUACACCCAGAGAGCUCUCAUUUAUCCGUUCUUAAUACGAGGAGGGAAGCCGACACCGUUCGGCUCAUUCGCCCUGGCCUUUGUGUUCUGCAGCUAUAAUGGAUACAUGCAGAUCAGAUACCUGAGUCAUUAUGCGGAGUACCCCGCACACUGGGCGACACACCCGUGCUUCAUUAUCGGGUCUUUUCUGUGGCUGGUCGGCUGGCUGGUGAACGUGCACUCCGACCACAUCCUGAGGAACCUCAGGAAACCCGGAGAGACCGGUUACAAGAUUCCCAGAGGCGGAGUGUUCGAAUACGUGUCUGGAGCCAACUUCCUGGGAGAGAUAACCGAGUGGACCGGCUUCGCCGUGGCCGGCCACUCCAUCCACAGUGCAGCGUUCGCCAUCUUCACCACAGCGGUCAUCGCCAACAGGGCUGUGGCUCACCACAAAUGGUAUCUUUCUAAGUUCGAAGACUACCCGAAAAACAGAAAGGCGCUGAUUCCCUUUCUUUUCUAGAAAACACUGGGAGCUCUCAGCAAGCUUGAAAAGGUUGUGGUGCUUCUUCUUCCUAGUCCCCCCCAACCCCCCCCCCAACAAAAAGAACAUUCCAGGACACCUCUGAUGUCUGAACAAGCCCCAAAGAUGUCUGCUUUCCCCCACUUGCACGCAGUCAUGGCUGGACAUGAUCCCAUCUGGGCCGCCAGCGAGCAACAGUUCAAAACCAUCAUCGCAGGAAGAUCCUCAUCAUUGCCGUUACUUUGGUUGUGGUACCCAUGGAGCACCGUGGAAAACUCAGCACAGUUGAAUGCGCCGCAGCAAGCGCCGCGUUCGCAGGAUAAGCAACAUUUACCGAAUCCUCCCAGAGGAAGCCGGAUGGUGCAUGAAGCGUACGUCGACAGGAAUACGCAGGAUUUAUCACACAACACAGCAGCAAUAAACUCUUUUAAGACUCUCCUCUGAUCUGCACGCACGCCCAGACCAGGCAUAAAACAGGAAAUGCAAAGCAGACAUUUAAAGUUUUUAUUAAUCCUCAAGACUCAUCUGUUGCAAAUCUUUUUUGACACCAGCUAUUCAAAUUAAAUAGUCGAGCAAGGUGCCUUGAAUCGCGUUCGACCUGCUUUAUCCAGAGAGACUCUUCUACGGCCCUCAUUGUCUCAGAAGAGGUCAGAGGAUCCUGCAGUGGACUGCCAGCCUGUAGGUCAUCUCACAGGGAAACACUACGUUUUAUGAAGCACCUGAGGAAAAACCAUGAAGAACAUGCAAACUACACACACAAACACCAACUACAAGCAGGUCUGAACCAUUCAUGGUUUUACAGCUUCUCCAUUAUACCCCAAUGUUUUAAACAGAGUGAUUGAAACAUCAGUUUUCAAUCUUUUAAUCAUGAUUAGAACUUUAGCACACAUAGGAAAGCUUCUUGGGGAAAUAUUGUGCAGUAGCUUUGGGAAAUUUAUUUUUUUGACGCUCAUCUUUUACAAAAUAACUAAUUAAAAAUUGGGUUUUUUUAUCACUUGGUAGCAUAUUGUUCCAUCUUAUAGGGUAUUUGCUGGCUGUGAUGCACAGAAAUCAUCUCUGAAGCGCUUUUAAGUGAAAAUGAAAAGCCUUUGUUGCAUUUCGGGUGUCUGUUUACAUGACAACAAUGCUUGGAGCCUCUGAAACUGAAACCACACCUUUUACAUAAUGAAUGUCUGGCUACUUGCCAUUGUUAAUGUUUAGAGCGUGUUGUUCUCUGCGUGUGUACUUAAGUGUUUUUAAUUCGAUAGAAACAGCGCCCACUAGUGUCCCUGUGUGUCUACUGCAUCAUUUUCAGCGUUUUUGUCUUACAUCGUCUUCAAAACGGUGCUGAGGCCUGUAGCCCGACGUAGCCCGUCGUAGGGCUACGACGUCUGUCGUAGGAACGACAUAGCGGCGACGGGGAAGUAUACUGAGGCCUUAAACGUGAAACUUUUCUGAAACAAAAAUCGGCUUUCAUAUGGAUCAUUGUUGUGUUAAAGAUCUUGUCCUGAAGGAAGCUCAAAUCAACAGAGCACAAAUGUCUGUCAGACUAAUGUGUUGUAAUUUUCUGGGUCCUUCAGUGAGUUGGAGUCAGGCACACUGCUGUCCCGAGGCUAAGGAAUGUGAUUGUGUUAUGUGCAGAUGGUGAGAGAACAAAACUCAUCGAUGUUCCUCACCAUCUCCAAGAUAUUUAAUAAUGCCUUCAAAACUCAUCUACGAUCAUUUGUUGUUUUAAUUCAGUGCUGUUUAAACACUAUGUAUCAAAAAUAAUUUUUGUUUUUAAAUAGGAACGAACACUAAUUGAUGUUGUUGCUAAUAAUGUUGAUUUGAGUUUGUUUUUAUAUUUUAACCAUGCUUGAAUGACUGUAGUAGCAAAGGGUUUUUAUUUUUUUUUAUUUUAAAAGCUGUGCUUAUCAGGAAUCCGGGUCAUCCUCUCACUUUGCGACAAAAUGUAACCGGCUGCGCUUCUGGACUGCAAAGACAAGAGUCCACAGCAGGCUGCGCCUCUCCUGGCAAGCUGCAGGGUAAAUCAAAUAGAGAUCAAGCAUGGUCCUCAAUAACUCAGCCAUGCCUGAAAUGAGGAGAAGAGAGAAUUGCCUCAACACAUCACUCCCGGUGUGGCCUCUGAGGAAGGAGGAGGAAGAAGAGGCGUAAAAGGCUGCAUCGUGCUUGAAAACAGGCUUUAUUGUUUCAUCAUGAGUCUUACCUUGAGCUAAAUGCUGCUGCAGCCACUCUAACUGGAUUAUGCCUUACUUUAAUGAAACUCAGAAUGUAACCUAAAUGCUUUGAAGUUUUUCAUCAAUGACAAGAUACUCAGGUGUUUCAACACACAUCUUCCUCAUAUUAAGUUUUUCCUGUUUUCAUCACUACUCAGAACCAAGGUCAUGUCAUUAUUACUGUUGGCGGCGUUUCUUUUCUCUCUGUUUCAAUGCACUGUCUCAUCAAUAAAUAAUGUCUGAAUGUGAUGAAAAACGACAUCUGCGAAGGUCUGCGCAGACCGACGUCCUUCACGU